AUGAAGUCUUAUUGGAGUUUCGCACUAUUAAUAGUAUUAAUAAUACUUAUCACAAUUUCAGGUGUGAUAUCGAUUUCUGAUUCAAAAUUUAUAACAAUUGAACUUUAUAAAAGAGAAUCAAAGAAAUCGAUUUCACCUGAUAAACGACAAGCAUUAAUAGCCAAGAAAUACUAUAAAUUAUUUGGACGUGAUACAUCUAUUUCUUUAGUCGGUGAAAAAAACGUAGGUCUUAGUUAUUAUGGUCUGAUAACAAUUGGUGGACAAAAUUUUACAGUUGAUUUUGAUACCGGAUCUUAUGAUCUUUGGGUUCCAGGAAUUCAAUGUAAUUCAUCUCAAUGUAGUUCACAUAAUCGAUUUGAUCCUUCAAAAUCUUCUACAUUUGUUCCUUCUCAAAAUAAUUUUAGCAUCUCUUAUAGCGUUGGUAUCGGUGUCAGCGGAUAUAGAGGUCAAGAUACUGUCAUUCUUGGUGGAAUUUCUAUUAUUAAUCAAACCAUUGGACUAGCAUUAAUUGAUGGCUUUAGUGAUAUAUAUGAAGAAGAUGGUAUUCUCGGUCUUUCCCUUCCAAGUGGUGAUCCUACAAAUACUGGAAUUAUUCAAACAAUUAAGACACAAAAAUCGCUAAAUCAAACUUUAAUCGGAUUUCGUCUAGGAAGAUAUAAAUUAAAUGCUACCGAUAAAAGUUUCAUGAAUAUCGGUGGCAUUGAUUCAAAUGCUUAUGUGGGAAAUGUUGUAUAUAACUAUGUCGUCAAUAUGACACCAUAUUCAGGGACUUGGACAAUCAUUUUGAAUGAUGUACAAGUUGGCGGCGUUUCAAUUGGAGGAAUUGGUUUACCUGCUUUAAUCGAUACUGGUUCUCCAAUUAUCCUUGGUAACUCUAUUCAAGUUUCAAAAAUCCUUGCAAUGAUUCCUGGUAACACUUUUAAUAACAGUUUAUGGUGGAUCCCAUGUGACACACAAAAUGUUGUCUCUUUAGUAUUCAAUAACGUAUCGUAUCAAAUUAGUCCUACCGAAUUAAUUAUAACAAAUAGUUCAAUUAUUCCAGUAAAUAAUAAUGCAAUGUGCUUAUCAGCGAUUCAGCAAAGUCAGUCUAGCGGAUGGGUUGUUGGUGCUGCUUUUUUAUCGAAUGUUUAUAGUGUAUUUGAUUUUGAUAACUUGAGAAUUGGAUUUGCUGAAACUAAUGCUUCUUAA